GUCUAUGCUCUCGCUAACGAGUUUGACUUCUUCUCACGCAAGCAUAUAACCUCAAGAUUUGCUCUAAUUGUCUUGUGUUGCAACGUCCUCACCGCCUUGUAUACAAUAAUGUCCGCACGCCAGAGAAUUAGUCGACCGUCCGAGCUUGAGACACCCAUGGACUUCGAGUUUACGUCGCGUCCUAGUAGUUUUUCAAAGCCUGUGUGGGCCUCUGGCGGUGAAGACCCAAGUACUCCAAGGAAGAGGCCAUUGGCAGACGCGAAUACGCCUGCUCCUGCUUUUCCUGCACCUCCUCACACGCCGACAUAUUCAUCGUUCGGAGCUCACUCGAACGUCCCUUUCUUGUUUCAACAACCCGUGCCGCAGUCUCCGCACACGCCAGCAUGGGUUCCGCCUCCGCAUUUUUCACCGGCGAAAGCAUUUCCGCAACCAGAUAUCAAGGACGUGGAUAUGGCCGAGUUGAGCCCGCCGAAAGCGUCUCAGUCGUUGCCAGUGAAGGAGGUGAAAAAGGAAGUUGAGAGCGGUGACGGUGAUGGUGACCGGACCGUUGCAUUGGGGGCGAUGCGCCGUGUGUUUAGGUCGCGGCAAAAGGCGCGGGAUCGCAGUCGACUUCGCAGAGGGCGAAGCAGGAGUGGCGAGGUGGACGACAGCGACGAGGAUGAAGACAGUGAUGAUGAAGGCAGAGUGACUCCACUCACGCAGAACACGUCAAAUCAUUAUACGCUCAACAUGCCUGGUCCGGCGCCUCCUCAGUCUGACUUGCCCUACGUGCUGUUAGGCUACCUACAAUUCUUCUUCAAUCUUUCCCUCAUUCUAGUGUUUCUGUAUCUGCUGGUGCAGUUUAUCCUCACUGUCCAACGCGAUGUGGAACAACGAAUAUCUGAGUAUUCAAUGGACAUUGUUCAGGAAAUAGCGCAAUGCGCGCUACACUUCAAGACCAAUCUGUGCGCAACGAAUCCGAUACCUGCCAUGAUGCGUCAGUGUGCUGCAUGGGAGACGUGCAUGAAUCGCGAUCCCUCCAAAGUUGGCCGAGCUAGGAUAUUCACAUUGACAUCCCUAGCAUUCUUGACCGCUUUCAUCAAUGCACUGCUCUCCUUGUAUCGCUCCAAGAUCAAUCCGGCGACUCACGCGCAACCUGUGCAUCAUCCGAUUCAAACAUUCCCCAUCGCUCCACCGAACACACCGUACGCCAACCAUCACCACUAUCUAUCGCCUCCCCCAGAAUGGAGCAAGUCUUGGUCAGUUGUUUUCAUGUGGAGAUCUUGCACAGAGACAUACAUGCCUGUUAAGCGCCUGCGCCAAUCCAGCAUAGGCAUAGAUUGCGUGAGUCAGUACUGCUGUUCACGGAUGAAUUCUCCCGGGGCGCCUGGUCUGGGUCUUAAGAAUGAGGAUCCGGCGUGGCUGGAAAAGAUGUUCGAGUCGCGCCGUCCUUUCUCAGAGAGCUUCGGGAAGCGAAGCCAAGGUUCUGACUUCGGCCCUAGGUUUCUACAGGCACCGGUCCGCCGCGGCAAAGGGUCCAUCGCCGCGCUUCUCUCCAAACGCUCGACUGACGCGAGGGAGCGUCUUCCUUUCCACAUCCAUAGUCACGGAGCGCUGAUUACCGGACCAUUGGGACUGGUCCCGUUCCCUGAGAACAUCUGCCAUAAAUCUGAGAUUAGGAGUGUCAAACUUUCACGGCUCCUCGUUAUCGCUGUAUCAGACCGCAAUGGAGCUCCCAAGUGGACAAUAAGUACAUACAUCAAAGCAGACCGGAGGAGUCAGGAAGACGUGGCUGGGGUAACAUUUGGUAAAUCCGUGAGCAAAAACGGUCUUGUGCCGUUACUGUAUUUGACCACCUACGCGGGGGAGCACUCCGACUCCGCGACGAGCCGCUGGAAAUCAUGUCGCACGAGCCUGGUUGAUAUUGAGAUGGCGACGCUACAAUGCUUCAGUCAUCGCCGCGCAAACAGCGCCAGGAUCCACAUCGGCGUCAACUGCUACAAUGAAGCAGGAUGCGGAAGGUGGCUCGUCAGCGCUGAGGAGUGGUGCUUUACCCAGCAGAUACAAGUGAGAUCGGGGGCCGGACACAGCGCAUACCUUGGUGAGUCAGGCUUUACAAUACCACUACAAAUAGGAUGGCACAUUCGCCAACACCGCGACUCACCAUCUGGCGGGUAUGCGGGACACGUGCAAAUGUUCAAUGCGCCAGACUCAGAUAUUAGGGUCUUCAUCCUUUCAACACGAGCCGGCGGUCUCGGUCUCAAUUUGCAGACUGCCGACACCGUCAUUAUGAAUAAUUUAAUUGAUGAUAGUUUCGAUAGUGAUUGGAAUCCGCACGCCGAUCUCCAGGCCCAAGACCGUGCCCAUCGUAUUGGUCAAACAAAGGUGGUCCGUAUUCUGCGUUUCAUCACUGAGAAGAGUGUAGAGGAGUCUAUGUUUCAACGUGCUCGAUACAAGUUGGACAUCGAUGACAAAGUCAUUCAAGCCGGUCGCUUCGACAACAAGUCGACGCAAGAAGAACAGGAGCAAUUCUUGCGGUCUAUCCUCGAAAACGACCAAGCAGAGGAGAAUGAAGAAGCCGGUGACAUGAGUGACGAGGAGAUCAACGAGCUUAUUGCUCGGAGUGAGGAAGAGGAACAGAUAUUCCGUGAUAUCGACAUCCAACGCGACCGGUACCCAGCAUGCGGAAGUUCCUCAGAGUACGAUCAAUAUGCUUCAAGAGUGUUGUACCGAAGCGGGAAGCUGACUAACCGCUUAAUCAACGGACGUAUGUACCUGGUCAAUUCGCUCUCUGUUCGGCUCACGGCGGACAUUCCUCGUGCUCCCUCUUCACAACAGGCACCCGCUCUGGCCAUUAAAUAUGGUAUCAAGUCGCGGUAUCUCGCAAAUAAGCUCAUGUGUUGCCACUUCAAGAUGGCAUUUGCAUGGAAUCACAGAGGGAAAGCGACAGCAAACGUGCAACUUCUGGAGCAGGAAUGUUCAAGGGUAUACGAUGCGGCUGCACAAACAACGAUGAGAACCAUUGGCUGA